UUCUUUAACCUCAUGACAACCGUAAAAUAAAUAAUAAUAAUAAAAACCAAACCAACAACAAGAAAUAAAACUUUAGGAAUUUUAUACAACAAAUCAAGGUUGAAUUUGUAAUCGAAACCAAACUUUUGAAAACUGACAUAGUUAAAGUAAAGAAAAAACAAAUUAUUUUACAACAAAUUAAUAGACAAACAGACAAACAAUCAGACAGUCAAUAAAACGACGAAAUAUUUAGAACACCAAGCAGGGAGUUAAGCAGGCAGGCACAGCGUCAAAACAACAUUAUGUCAACAAGAAAUCAUCCACAAAUGGCACCGCCACCACCACCCAAACCCACGAAAGCUCCUUAUGCAAAUGGCAGCACUACUAAUGGCACUUUGGCGAAUGGUACUACCAUCAAUAAUGGCAAUUCAGCUUAUUUGCCAAACGAUUCAAUACACAACAGCCAGAAGCUAAACGGACGUAGUCCUUGUCACACGCCACCGCGUACAGAUCGUGAACAAGUUGUAAUGACACCCAAAGGUAAAACCGCUAAUAGUACAGUCAUUUUGAUUGAACGCAAACUGGUCGAUGAAGUGAGUGAUCGUGUUCAUGUGGCGGGUGGUGAUCAUACGGGUAUUAUUAUCAAUAAGGAUACAGUGAGUGGACAAAAAUCUCAGUCGCUACCAGCACAAUUAUCACUGGAAUUUCGUGUAUUUUUGGUGAGCGCCAAUACGGGCAAACAUUCACAGGAAUCACGUACUUUGAGAUUUUGGUUUAGAGAUUGGUUGAAGAAUGAUGAUGAACAGGCUCAUAUAGCUCAGGACUUUUUCAAGGAAUUGGUUAGUCCUAAAGAUUUUCCCAGAGAUUAUGUUGGUUUCAUCAAAAAGAUAAUGAAAUUGAUGCAAAAAGGUUACGAUGAGAUUCAAUCUUUGGAAAUUGAGCUGCGCAUUCUAGAGGAAACCGCAGAACCACCAUCCAGACCACCUCGUGAUGGUUACAUUAUUUAUUGUUAUGGUGAUUGCAAUCGUAAAUAUGAGGAGGCUUUAAUGGCCCAAAAACAAACAGUAUCCAUGGAUGAGACACAAUUUGAAUCUCCACCCUUGACACAGGAAAAAGUACUCGAAUUAAUUGAACAGGCCUAUCCAAAUCCGAUAACACCAGAAGAUUUAGCCAAAGACUAUGGUUGGGAGGAACAGGAUGUUAUUUUAGUGUUUAUGUCUUUGAAGGAAAGAGGAUUAAUUAAAUCCAUGGAAUAUAAUUCUUAUACCAGAAUACAUCAUGAAGAUAAAGAGAUUAAGGUGGUCAAACAAAUGCCCACGAUUGCCUCCAAUAAACAACCCACCAUUGCUAUUAUUACCGCUCAAUACUGCGAAAAAUUGGCAGUGGAUGCCAUGUUGGAAAAUAAGGAAACCUUUGUACGCUAUACCACAGUGGAUUCAGAUCCCAAUCUAACGAAUUCUCUGAAAAAGUCCAAUAAAAAACGACGUUUUGGUGAAUCUAACGUUUAUACUCUGGGCAAUAUUGGUGCUCAUCGUAUUGUCAGCACAAAACUGCCCUCGGUGGGUAGUACUCGUGAGGCCAUGACUGCUACUGGCAAUACCACCACACGUUUAUUGGGCACAUUCCAAAAGGUAGAUUAUGUCUUUGUAGUGGGUGUAGCCGGUGGUGUACCACAUUAUACGGAUUAUAAGAAGCAUGUACGUUUGGGUGAUGUGGUCAUAUCGUAUGUGGACAAACAGAGAGCUUUGGCUAAUGGCUCCGAAAAACCCUAUGUUUAUGUCUAUAAGAGUGGUGAAGAUGUUAAAACUUACUUCCCUGUAAACGAUUCCCUGCAACAAAUUGCCGAAGGUCUGCAUUUAAAUAUGGAAGCUAAACGCCCUUGGGAGAACUAUUUGAAAGAGGGUCUUAAUUUGUUGCAACAAAAAACCGAAAGUGAUUUCAAUCGUCCUGCCCCUAACACCGAUAAACUGUUCAUGAAUAUCGGCAAUAAUGAGGUCAUUGAAGUUUCACAUCCCAUAGGCGCCGAUUGUGUUGAUGGUCUACCUAAAUCCCGCCUUCAUUUGGGUCCCAUUGGUUCGGGUCGUGAUUUGGUGCGUAAUGAUAAUUUGCGCAUAGAAUUUGCCAAGAAAUAUGGUUUAUUGGCCACGGAUGUGGAAAUGAGUUCUGUUUUAGACAGUAUUAUUGGUAAUUGCCGGGAAAGCUUUAUAGUCAUUAAAGGUAUUUCCGAUUAUAAAGAUGGUACCACCACCCGUAAAUGGCAAAACUUUGCUUCUUUAGCCGCCGCCUCGGUAGUGAAAUCGAUUAUUUGUGGCAUGGAUGCUCCCACAAAUGUUUAAAUUAAUUAAUUUUUAAUUGCUAUUUAAUAAUCAAAAUAAGCGUUUAUGUAUAACAAGGCAUUUAGUUUUUUGGCAAAUAAAUAUAUUUAUUAGUUUUUAGUACUAAAACAAACUUAAAAGAUUUAUAAAAAUAUUUAUAUAAAAAAUUUAUAUCAACACGCCCAUUUUUUUCUGUAAUUUAAAAUAUCUAGAAAUGCAACAUAACCUAAGAUUUUUUUCCUAAACAUUACAAAUUGAUUAUUGUUAUGAAUUUGUUUCCUUUUUUUAUAAACUUUUUGUUAUUUUUUAUAUAAUUUUUUUAAUAAGCAUAUACAUAUGAAUAUUUGUCUGUUUUUUUUUUAAUGAUAAUGUAAAUAGUUUAAAUUUUAUAAAUAUUAUUAUAAUGGAAAGUUAAUUGAUUAAAAUUUUAAUUAAGGUUAAUGGUUAACAACAGUUUCAAUUAAUAUUUCUAGUAAAAAUAUAUUUCACCUGAGGUUAAGUUGAGACCAAGAUUAAAAUUUUAUUUAA